CGAGGUUGAGAGGACAAGGACUGAGACUUGGGAGGCAUAACACAGCUCUUGGCCUUGUGUGGCAUGGCCGAAGGAGGACAGAGCACGGAGGGGCGGCGGGCACUCCUCACGGGCAUCACGGGGCAGCCAGGAUAAUUUGUGAGACACCAGCAUGGCCCCGGCUCGAUCACCAAAAACUGCCUUGGUCACUGGUCUUACUGGCCAGGAUGGCUCAUACUUGGCUGAGCUACUUCUCGACAAAGGCUACCAGGUCCAUGGCAUCAUCAGGCGGGCGUCAACCUUCAACACAGGAAGGAUUCGUCACCUCUAUGAGGACCCAAAGAUCCACAAGAAUGGGCGGAUGACCCUCCAUUACGGGGACCUGACAGACUCAGCAUGCCUGGUCAAGAUCAUCUCCAGGGUGCAGCCGGAUGAGAUUUACAACCUUGGGGCACAGAGUCAUGUGAAGGUAUCGUUUGACCUGGCGGAGUACACCGGCAAUGUGGAUGCCAUGGGAACGCUGCGCCUGCUGGAUGCCAUCAGAACUUGUGGUCUCGACAAGAAGGUCAAGUUCUACCAAGCCUCCACCUCAGAACUGUAUGGCAAGGUGCAAGAAAUCCCACAGAAGGAAACAACACCCUUCUACCCAAGGUCCCCGUAUGGUGCCGCCAAACUGUACGCCUACUGGAUUGUGAUUAAUUUCCGUGAGGCGUAUGGGAUGUUUGCCUGCAAUGGUAUUCUCUUCAACCACGAGUCCCCGCGGCGAGGAGAAACCUUUGUGACGAGGAAGAUCACUCGCUCGGUGGCCAAGAUUCACCUCGGGCAAAUGGAGAAGUUUGAACUGGGGAACCUGGACUCCAAGAGGGACUGGGGGCACGCCAAGGACUAUGUGGAGGGCAUGUGGAAGAUGAUGCAGCUGGAGGAGCCGGAGGACUUUGUCUUGGCCACAGGGGAAGUGCACUCCGUCAGGGAGUUUGUUGAGGCAGCCUUCAAGGAGAUUGGGAGGGAGAUCUACUGGGAGGGGAGCGGCGUGGACGAGGUGGCCAAGGAGAAGGGCAGCGACGCCAUCCGGGUGACCAUCAACUCCAAGUAUUACCGCCCAGCAGAAGUGGACUUCCUUCAAGGAGACCCCACAAAAGCCCGACAGAAGUUUGGGUGGAAUCCUACUUAUGACUUCAAGGCACUGGUGACAGACAUGAUGCAGGCAGACAUUGACCUCAUGAGGAGGGACCCCACCGCCUAGGCCUCCCCACGGCCCUCCACCACCCAGCAGCUCUUGUCACCGGGGAACAGAAGGGAGUCAUUCUGCAUGCUGUGUCUCGACAAUACUGCUUGCUUUAUUUUCUUACUUGUGAUUUGCAUCUCUUGCAAGUAUUAUUAAAAUACUACUUGGAGAUAACAAAUGAGUAAGAACAUUCAUUGAAAGAGUCAGUCAUGAAAUGGCUGCUUUAUCCUUAAUUAACUAAAUUUCACUGAUUCUAAACUAUUUAAAUGGAGAGGAUGGAUUAGUGUGUAGGAUAAAGGCGAGACAUGGUUGAUCACAGCAGGGAAGGGGAAGGGGAAGGGGCCAGCAUAGAAGAGGGUGUGGGAGGAGGCAAAGUCAUUCCUACUGUAGGGCAAGACCUCACCCAGGCAGGCUGGUGAUGCAACACUCCAUGGACCACCGGUCACUUGUCUUGAAGUGUUUUGUGUCGAUUCUGAAGUGCACAAGGGACAACAAGGACGACAUGUCUAGGUAAUAACGGCCUGAGCAACACCCCCAUCAGGCAAGAAACACCAGAGACAAGCGCACAUCAGGUGAGUCCUGUAUCCCAAGAGUGCAGUGCCAAGCCUCACUUGAUCAUGUUGGUUGUAAUGUUAGGGUUGUGCAGUGAUGCCAGACCCCAGGGAAAGGCAGGUGCUGCUGCGUGAAGCCAAAGUUCUGUGGAGGUCAGUAUUUUGAGUCUGUAUUACCAUUACUCUUCCCAUCUCAUUAUCAUUGACAGGCAAGUGUUGUGGUCUUAGACUCCGGGGUUACUGACAAUAGUCUUCCAGGGUUGUCGGUGGCACAGCCUUGGUGCUCUGCCCAGUGCGUGAACACCUGACCCAACAAGAACACCAACACUUCCUUGGGAUGAGAGUCAAAAACUUUUCUUGCAUGAGGGGCCAGCACCAAAGCACACAUUACUUGCCUUCUUCAAGACCAUUGCAAGAUAAUUAGAUGUUCACUGCAUCAUAAGUACAUUUAGAUUCCACUUUAUUCUAAAUCCUGAGAAAAUUCUACCACUUAAGGGUGAUAAAUUAAGUAUUCAUCUGUCAGGCAAAUGUUUGGUCAUUGCCGCCAGACUACAGGUGGCUCAGUAUAGCCCUGGGUGGUGCUUCUUCCAUAGCCACAUUCCCUGUUCCUGUGGUGCACGUGUGUGUUGUGUGCACCUGUAUGGCAGCACAUCACACGGCCAGAGUUCAGUGGUCAUCAGUUCAUGCAGACAAAGAUGUGUGUGUGUGUGUGUGUGUGGCAGACUUGUUGGUGAGAAUGGAACCAUUUACUACUACAUCACUUAGGUCGUGGGAGCAUAAUCUUCAUCCACUUCAUAACCAUUCCAACCCGGGCAUUUGACUUAUGUACUUAGUGUUCAUGAUAUAAAAUUGGUUGUUUAC